GUUUGACGCUGUGACUCGGCAAGAUGGCUGCGCGCAUAGUGCUGCAGAAGCAGCUCCACUGUGCACUUUUAAAUGCAAAAUUAAGCACUUUAUUGACGGGAAUAAGAAGCUGCUCGGCCCUGUCCUACUCAAGAUCUCAUGAAGAAUUCACAUCUAAGAGAGUACGGCGGAAGUUUAUCGACUUUUUUAAGGAAGGUUAUGAACACCGAGUGGUGCCGUCCUCCUCCGUGCGUCCGAGAGGAGACCCGAGUCUUCUGUUCGUCAAUGCAGGAAUGAACCAGUUUAAGCCAAUUCUUCUGGGCUGUGCGGACCCCCGCAGUGAGAUGGCAUCAUACAGGCGGGUGGUAAACAGUCAGAAGUGUGUCCGUGCCGGAGGCAAACACAAUGACCUGGAGGAUGUGGGGAAGGACAUGUACCAUCACACCUUCUUUGAGAUGCUGGGGAACUGGUCGUUUGGUGAUUACUUCAAGGUGGAAGCCUGUGCAAUGGCCUGGCGUCUUUUAACGGAAGAGUACGGCAUUCCUGCGGAGCGCUUGUACGUCUCGUACUUCUCUGGAAAUGUGGCAAAUGGUCUCCCUGCCGAUGAGGAAACGCGGCAAAUCUGGCUCAGCAUAGGAGUGCGGCCAGAUCACCUGUUGCCGUUUGGAAUGAAGGAUAAUUUCUGGGAAAUGGGGGAGACGGGUCCGUGUGGCCCCUGCACGGAGAUUCACUAUGAUCAUGUUGGGAAUCGGAACGCCGCCUCGCUGGUCAAUGCAGACAGUCCGGAUGUGGUGGAAAUCUGGAAUCUAGUUUUUAUGCAGUAUAACAGGGAGGGCAGUGGUAGCCUGCGAGCUCUGCCCCAGUGCAGCGUGGAUACUGGGAUGGGUUUAGAGCGACUGGUGACCGUACUUCAGGGAAAACGCUCCAACUAUGACACAGAUCUUUUCACACCUCUGUUGUCCGCCAUCCACCAGUGCUCUAAGGCUCCUGCAUAUCAGGGCAGGGCUGGAGAGGCCGAUGCGGGUCAGGUAGACAUGGCCUAUCGGGUCGUGGCGGACCACAUUCGGACAAUCUGUGUGUGUAUCGCUGACGGCGUUUAUCCAGGCAUGACAGGCGCUGAACUGGUGUUAAGACGUAUCUUGAGACGUGCUGUAAGGUUUUCUACAGAAGUGCUGCAGGCCCCCGAGGGUGCGCUGGCAAGCCUGGUGCCUACUGUCGCUCAUAUACUGGGUGAUGCCUAUCCUGAGCUGAAAACAGAGUCUCAGAGGAUCAUGGAUCUCAUUAAUCAAAAUGAAGCCCAGUUUCUGUCCUCGCUGAAGCAGGGCAGGAGGGUGAUUGACAGGACUCUCAGCAAUAUGGAUGAAGACUCAGCUGUUUUUCCAGCCUCGGUUGCCUGGUCGCUACAUCGCAACCUAGGCUUCCCUCUCGAUCUCAUUGACCUGAUGCUGGAGGAGAGGGGCAAGAGGGUUGAUAAAAAAGAAAUAGAGGUGCUUGAAGAUGAAUAUGAGAAGUUGAGGUUUCAGUUGGAGGAGGAUGAUGGAGAUAGGGUGGACCAGCUGGAUCUUCAUAGUCUGGCGGAGCUACAAAGCCGAGGAGUUCCUCACACAGAUGACUUGCUGAAAUACUGUUACAGUCUGGGGUCUGAUGGACAGUAUGUUUUUGAGCCUUGCAGAGCAUCAGUCCUGGCACUCUACCGUGAGGGGUCAUUGGUUUCAGAGGUGCAUGAAGGUCAGCGCUGUGGUGUGAUUCUGGACCGGACCUGCUUUUAUGCAGAGCAGGGCGGACAGGCGCACGACCAGGGUUACUUCACCAAGCAUGGAUUACAGGAUGUGCUGUUCCCUGUGAAUUGUGUCCGUCUGGCUGGAGGUUACGUGGUACAUCAAGUCAUGGCAGCAGAGGCUUUGAGAACUGGAGACCAAGUGCAUCUUCAUGUGGAUGAGGCUCGGCGUCUGGGCUGCAUGGUCAAGCACACUGCCACACAUGUCCUAAACUUCGCCCUGCGAGAGCUGCUAGGUCCCUCUGUUAGCCAGCGAGGGUCUCACUGCACUGCCAGUCGCCUCCGCUUUGACUUCAGUGUGAAGGGCUCCCUGAGUGUAUCUGAGCUACAGCAAGUUGAGGGGUUGGUCCAGAACAUCAUCCGUCAAAAUGCAGAGGUGCACAUAGAGGAGGUCCCUCUGUCCAGAGCUAAACAGAUUCCAGGUCUGAGAACUGUAGAUGAGGUGUAUCCAGAUCCAGUGCGAGUGGUAUCUGUGGCUAUACCUAUUUCGGAUCUGCUUACCUCAAACACCGGCGGGCAAUCUUCAGUGGAGCUUUGCUGUGGCACGCAUUUAUUAAGGACGGGAGCAAUUGGAGACUUUGUCAUUGUUUCUGAACGACAGAUGGUGAAAGGCAUUAGCCGUAUCAUUGCUGUUACUGGAGAUGAAGCCAAAAAGGCUCGUGAGUCAGGCCAAGCCAUGCAGGAGGAGUUGGAGUCUUUGGCGGUACGGGUAGGAGUUCCAAGUGUCCCGUCUAUUUCAGCAGCUCAGAGGCUCUCCAAAGAGAUUGGCCUCCUUAUGAAUGUGGUUGAUAACACCCCUAUCCCACAGUGGCAGAGAAGAGGGUUGCAGACUCGCCUGAAAGCGAUGCAGAAGAGUAGCAACACCGCCAUCAGAAAAUUGGAGAUCAAUGAGGCUAACUUGCAAGCCAAAGAGCUGCUGAACAAACACUCCAAUAAAACUGUGCUGGUGGACUUGAUCCAGACGGACUCGAUAUCGGUGCUGAUGAAGACUGUGCUCAAGCUGAGCAAGAGCACUCCAGAUUCCCUGGUCAUGUUGUUUUCUCACCUGCAGCUGUCAGGGAAGCUGAUUUUUGCCUGUCAAGUACCCAAGGGCUCCACUGGUGGUUCAGCGAUCGAAUGGGCUCUUCAUGUUUGCACACGCUUGGGAGGAAACGCAGAUGGCUCAAACGAGGUUGCUAAAGGUGUGGGAAAUCCAGCCAAAGCCACAGAUGUUACAGAGAUCCUGCAGUGGGCUGAAGAAUUUGCUUACAACAAAAUCAGAAAUGCAUCCUGAACAGACUAAUGUUGGAUAAUCAUUGACACAUAGGACCAGCAUACCACAAUGGAUAUGCAUCCUUAAAAAUGAGGAUAUUUUAUGAUCCUGUUCCUUUGUUUUAAAAGGGUAGGGCAUAUACUAUAUAUAUUUUAUUUUGAUAUUAAAUAUUAAGUUAUUCCUCUGUUUUGGGUACACUUCAUAUAGUAGGUUUGGUUCAAGAAAAUGUUUUUGAAUUCAAGAAAUGGCUCUGUAAAAUUUGUAAAUACAAAAAAAAACAAAAAAUGAAUACAUGAUUCAGACUAUCUAAUGUGUCUGUCAGAUAAAUGCAAUAAUCAUGUGUGCAUAAAUCACAGUAUUCAGUCAACAGAGGGAGACAAAAUGCUUUAAAGACUCACACCUACAAACUGAUGCCGAUAUACAAACUGAAAUCACCUCAAAUUCCUAAUUGAAAUUCUCCUUACACUUUAUAGACAUAGUCUACUCUCAGUGUUUUCCUGCUGAGUUGCAGUUCUGCGCUGCUGUUUUCAUUGACUCGUGUGUGAUAUUUCAAUUGAGUUUUAAUGUGCAUUGUGUGUAUGACAUGAAAAAAUUGGGGGGUGGGGGGUAACUUUCCAUUUAUUAUUUAGUCCACUUCAACUACUCUGAUACCACAGCAGAAACUACUAGCCUAACUAAUACAUUAUUAAAGGCAAGUGAACAGACUGUAAAAAGAACAAAUGCUGUACACUAAUUACAAGCAUAGAUAAAUACAAUAUAAAGUUACAAAUAAAUUAUAAGGUCUAAGUUUGUAGUAUUAAUUUUCAUGUACAGAAAUGUAAUAAUUAAAUAUAAAAUGACACUUUUCACUGUAUAAAUUUAAUAUAGAUUCAUCUUUUUUAAAGCUGUGUUCUGUUUGAUUUACAUGACAGACAACAUCAGGUAUUUAUAGGUUGCUGUCACUUUAAGAGUAAGACACCAUGCACGUGCACAUCCGAUAGACACACCGAAUUCUCACCUCGCUUAAGACAUAACCGAAUGUAUUUACUUGCUGAGAGGGGUAUUUUGACUGACAUAUGCGUGUGUUCAUCCAAGUGCACUGAGGACGCGAAAGAGAAAUCAAUUUGCAGUUCGCGAGCUAUCUGAAAACGCACCUCUAUCUCUGUGUGUGCGCGCGAGCCUGUAUGUAUGUGCGUCUGUGCGCACCGAUAACAGUGUGGCGUGCGAUACCGAAUUAAAUCCUCUUUUGCCUCUUCUAGCGCUGGAAUGGUUUUAUAUUUAAUGUGUAAACUAGCAAGACAAAACAUGUGCAAAUGAUAACAUUUUACUCUAUUGUGGUGAAACUUGCAGUUGUUCCGCGAAUCACAUGCGUGCCGAACCGUGGGACUUGGUCCGUACGGAUCACGGAUCAACAACGAUCCGUUUAACCACUACAUUCCACCAUGGCAACCAAUGAAAUAUAAGCUACCUACUGUUUUAUUCCUGACAUUGGCAUAUUCUAAAGUUUUAAUGUCUUAUUAGGGCCCGAGCACCGUUGGUGUGAGGACCCUGUAAUUGCUCGGUCAAUUCUUCUUCUCCGAAAUGAAUCGCAUUUUUGAGGGCCUAAACAUGCUCGAAAACUCGUGAAACUUUGCACACACAUCCAGAAGUGGUGAAAAUUUACAUCUGAUAUGGGUUUCAGAAUUAGGUGUGGCAAAAUGGCUCAAUAGCACUGUUACGUGCUGCGCGUGUUUCGGAUGUUUGUUUGUUUUUCCCCUGCCUCUGCUUUCUGUCCUCUGCGCUGUCUUCAUAGACUGUAAAAAAAUGUCGCUGUCUUGCUCUCAGGUCUCCGCUGAUUGGAGUAGGCGACUGUCACUCUAUCAAGAGGUCGUAGCUGCAGCCAAUCAAGUGCCGCCUUGGUGUUUAAAAGUCUUCCGGCGUGUGAUCAGGAGUGCAGUGUGUGUAUUUAUGUAUGUCAGGCGUUUAAGUUAGAGCCUGUCAUAACUUGUCUCUUUUGUUAUUCGGUGUGAAUUCAACAUUUGCCUUUGUACUAUGUGAAAUGUUGAGGGUUAAGAGUAACUUACUACCUUUUGGGGAAACAGAACAGGUAAGCAGGUCGCGCGACAUACAUACUGCCCGUAGAGAUGUUAUAUACAACAGGUAAGAGGUGAGCGCCCUUUCUGUAUUUCGGUUCUUUAUUUAGAGUAGUUUCAGUUAAGGCGUCAGAUGCGCCGAAGAUUUCGGUUUUGCUUUCUGCAUUUUUCUUUGGUUAGCCAGUUUAGAGGAUUUUGGGGACUUAGUUUAUGAGUUAUUUUGUUUUAUACUUUUCUUUAAUUUGGCGCCACCAUAGUUCUUUUCCCCAUUAGUUAAUUGUAUCUUCCUUCCUUUAUAUUUCCUUCCAAACUACAUUGUAAAAUAGCGCACUCACAUGUUGUCUAGUGGCUUCGGCUUUUUGAAAUAAUAAACCCAUUGAUCAUAAA